AUGACGGACCUCAAUAGAUUCAAGCUCGAUAGUUUGUUCUCAGUCGCUGGACAGACUGUAUUGAUUACAGGCGGAGGAAGUGGUAUCGGUAGAAGUCUUACCACCGCCUUCGCUGUGAAUGGUGCAAGAGGCGAUGUAUCUACCAAGGCUGGUACCGAAGCUGUGAUAAAACAGGUCGAGGAGAAAGUGAGCCGUCUGGACACUCUUAUAAAUUGUGCUGGUAUAUCAGUUCUGUUCAAAACCCCCGCACAUCAAGUCUCAGAUCCCGAGACUGUCUACCCGACUUUAUCAUCCGUAGAAGACGAGGACUGGAUCAAGUCUCAUCAAGUCAAUGUUAACGGACCAUACUAUAUGUCUGUCUCGGCGAUCCCAUUACUUCGAAAAUCGCAGAACCCCAAUGUGGUCAUGAUCUCGUCUGUUGCUGGGCUGGCGCCUCAAAGAGGAAAUAAUACUUUCACUUAUGGUGUAUCCAAGGCCGGCACGAUCCACCUUUCUUCCAUGUUAGCAGGUCGAUUACAUCCACUCAAGAUCCGAGUGAACUGUAUAUGCCCUGGUAUAUUCCCCUCCGAGAUGACCGCGACCAGGGAUAAAGACGGAAACAUCUUGUUGGGGGAUAUGGGCACCAAAGCUGUCAAACGAUGCACGAUGGGACGGCCUGGUUUACCAGAAGAGAUUGCUGCGCCCAUCCUACUCCUCGCGAGUAAAGGAGGAAUGUAUAUGAACGAUACGUGUAUCAAUGUUGAUGGAGGAAGAUGGCUAGUCAUGAAAGGUAUUUACGAUGGUUAUCGAUUGCCAGAUGAUUCUUACAUCGAUUAG